AUGUCCAAGCAGUUCAAUGAGAGUCUAAGAAAGACACUCGACAACUUUAAAGCGACGAUCCAGUCGUCAGGCUGGCAAAGAAUCGAUAAUGAAUGGAUGUCUAAAACAUUUCAAGAAAAACCUAGUGGGGAAGAUGUUGAGGUAUUCGGCUAUCUCAGCACACGGAGAGAUGUUAGCAGCAAGCUAUCGUUUACUAUGCUUCGCCACAAGAACGGAACACAGUGCAUACAACUUGUCUCUACCUCUAAUAAUGAGGAAUCGCACGCAAAGAUACGAUCGUUGAAAGAAUGGACACCCGUGAUCGUGAAAGGAAAGCUCAUGGACCGCAAACCUCCGAAAGACGACACAUAUCUAGACAUGAAACUAGAAGCACAGAAAGAAAUAGCUGUUGCUCACAUCCAGCCGCUUAAUGACAUUUCAAAUGACAUCAUCAUCAAGAACGACACGGUAUUUGGUCCUCAUCAGCGACAUCUGCAGCUUCGUACAGACAAUAUGUUGCGUCAAAAUCUCAUUCUUCGGUCGGAAGCCAUGGCCAAGGCAAGACUGCAUCUCAACGCACACAUGUGGAAGGAGAUUGAGACGCCCAUCCUUUUCAAGUCCACGCCAGAGGGUGCACGCGAGUUCCUUGUGCCUACGCGCCAGAAGGGACUGGCUUAUGCGCUACCACAAAGUCCCCAGCAGUACAAACAGAUUCUCAUGGCCUCUGGCAUUACAAAGUAUUACCAAUUUGCAAGAUGCUUUCGUGACGAAGAUCUCAGGGUUGAUCGGCAGCCGGAGUUCACUCAGCUCGAUAUGGAGAUGGCUUUUGCUGGCGAGGAAGAGGUUAUGGAAGAGAUCGAGCAAUUGCUGAAAGAGGUCUGGCAACAUGUCAAUAACGUAACUCUCCGUGGAAAGUUCCAGCGGAUGACGUACCAUGAGGCCAUGACAUCCUAUGGGUCUGAUAAACCAGAUCUACGUUUCGAAUCAAAGAUCCACGAAAUUACUCAACACCUGACAUCCGAUCUUAUUGGAAAGAUCACUUCACUACAGAACCCAGCCAUCGACGCCAUAAAAAUAUCCAUAUCCGAAGACCCUAAGGUAACCCGCAAAUUCAUUGCCAGCUUCCUCGAUAGCCCAGAUGGCAAACCCUACCUUGACAACGCAGACGGCCAACCCGGCAUCUUCAUCGGCGACUUAUCCCAGCCCAUGCAAGGCCUCGGUCCACUAGGCUACCAAUACGUGAUGGAGGGGCCAGAAUCUCUUGCCGUCGAGAAUGGCGAUGUUCUGGUCCUACAAGCCCGACCCAACGCGCCCUUCUCAGGCGGGUCAACCAUGCUCGGAAACCUGCGUCUCGCACUCCACAAAGCAGCCAUAGCCCAAGGUCUUAUGACUGCACCCGAAAAUUCGGACUACAAGUUCGUCUGGAUCACAGACUUCCCCUUGUUCACCCCAUCUUCGGACAGCGAGCCAGGUCAGGGUGGCGAAGCAGGCUUCUCAUCAACACACCACCCGUUUACCGCACCAAAAACACCAGAAGACGUAGAGCUACUCCUCACAGAUCCCUCCGCCGCCAAAGCAGCUCACUACGACAUCGUCGUCAAUGGUGUUGAGCUUGGUGGUGGCAGUCGCCGUAUUCACUCAGCUGCCGUGCAAGAGUUCAUUUUCAAGGAUAUCCUCAAGAUGAAGCCUGAGCGUGUAGAAGACUUCAGACACCUACUCGACGUGCUAAGAAGCGGAUGCCCUCCCCACGCGGGUAUUGCGCUGGGAUGGGACAGGCUGAUGGCAGUCCUGUGUCAUAGGGAGAGCGUUCGGGACGUCAUUGCUUUCCCCAAGAGUGGAAAGGGCGAGGACUUGCUCGUCAAGAGCCCGACGCGUAUGACGGAAGACCAACUCAGCACCUAUCAUCUGCAAGUGAAAGAGUAG